UGGGAACAAUAACAUCAAGAACAAAAGCUUUUAAAAAGAAAUUAGGAAAAUGAUGAGCAUGUAACCCUGAAGGGCAAUCUAUCUAGUGAGUGCUAGCGUGUGACCAACAUAUAAAUAGUGAAACUCGGGAAAUUAGAGAGUCAUUCACUUACUAUUUUUUAUACGUGCAGCAUCAUAUUUUAUUUGAAUAUAUAACCGUACUGUUAUUCACGUUCGACUAGUUUUCCAAAUGACCUAAGUCUGAAAACGUCAAUAAAAAUGACUCUUAAGUCUAGUGUUUGCCUCAUUAUUUUUAUCAUCAUUACCAAAGAAUCAUCAGCAGUUUCAGUUCUUUCCGACCAUAAUAAAUUGGAUCCUGUUAAACCAUCACCAGUCGAUGAAGACAACAAUGAAAAAUCUCCUGAUAAAUUUGUCUUGCCUGUAGUGGAUUCGUCUGAUAAUAAUAAAUUUAAUAAACGCGAAAAUGUGCAAAAAGAGAAUGAAAAGUUUUCUGAAGAUAACAAAAAUGAUGAGCGUUCACUUGGAAGAAUUACUGAAAGAGGACUCAAUUGCUGUGGAAACAGAUUUGAAUCAGGAGGACGCAGUGGCGAGAGUGGAACACAAUUGACUACAAGAGCAUCAGAUAUUCAUCGAUAUCCAGAGAGACUUAAUCGUCCAGAUGACAGAGAUAGAGAUCGAUAUAACUGGCACGCCUCAUCAGGUAGACCUGGAAUCAGUUCUACUACAAGUGAUGUAUAUGGUAAUAUUGGAGGAAGUGGUGAUAGAAGACAUGGAACUAGACCACCAUUUGGAAAUUAUGAACCAGAAUACGGAAGACCCGGAUAUGGUGGAAGACCAGGAUAUGGAUACGGUUAUAGUGGAUAUGGUGAUAGUGGAGCCCAUGGAAGUCAUGGACAUGAAGUAGGCUAUCGUCCAGGUAGUAUUUUUUUCUCUGGACAUAAAAGACCGUUCUUUGGUAUCCAUGGUGUUCUUGGUGGACAAGAAGAAAUCCCAGAAAGUGGUGAAGGUGAUGCAUCUCCUUCACCGCCUACGAUAAAUAACAUCCAAACACAGAAGGCUGUAGCUUUAAAAGCAUUGGCUGGUGUUGCAUUGAUCGGCGCAGCAGCAGCACUAGCUGCUAACCCAGCUCUAAUACCUGCAGCUGCAGUAUUACAUGGUAGAAAACGACGAUCAACUGAAGAUGAUACUGGAUUUAAUUUAUUAAGUUUUCCCGAGCAAUUUAUUAAACAUCGCAUGCCUGAUGUCUAUGAAAAUGAUGAGACUGCAAAACAAUUUUGGGAUUCUCCGAAAUGUGUCGCUCGACUUGCUUGUGAAGUACAAAAAGAAUAUGUUAGAGCUAUCACGAAAAAUCCAGAACUUCGAAAAGAUGUAGAACGACGAAUUGGUGAAUUGAUUGACAGCGAGAUUUUCAGUGCAGACUAUGUAUACCAAAGUCUCCAAAUGCUUACUAAAAUAGCUCGUAAGACAAAUACUAAAGAUGGAAAAUGUGAAAUUUUUACCUGUAGUUUUUUUUUAUAAUCUAAAUAAUCGUAAAAGAUCUUUUAUAUGAUAAAGUUUUUAAUGUUUAAUAAAAUGAAUGAAU